AUGGCCCGAGGAAUCAAGAAGCACCAGAAGCGCCUUAGCGCCCCCUCGCACUGGCUGCUGGACAAGCUGUCCGGUACCUACGCCCCCAAGCCCUCUGCCGGUCCUCACAAGCUCCGCGACUGCAUGCCCCUGAUCGUGUUCAUCCGCAACCGCCUCAAGUAUGCUCUCAACUUCCGUGAGACCCGCUCCAUCCUCAUGCAGCGCCUGGUCAAGGUCGAUGGCAAGGUCCGCACCGACAUGACCUACCCCGCCGGCUUCAUGGACGUCAUCACCAUCGAGAAGACUGGCGAGAACUUCCGUCUCGUCUACGACACCAAGGGCCGCUUCACUGUCCACCGAAUCCAGACCGAGGAGGCUGAGUACAAGCUCGGCAAGGUCAAGCGUGUCCAGCUCGGCCGUGGUGGAAUCCCAUUCUUGGUCACGCACGAUGCGAGAACCAUCCGCUACCCUGACCCUUCCAUCAAGGUCAACGACACUGUCAAGAUCGAUCUUGCCACUGGCAAGAUCACCGACUUCAUCAAGUUCGACACUGGUGCCAUUGCCAUGGUCACUGGUGGUCGUAACAUGGGUCGUGUUGGUGUCAUCACCCACCGUGAGCGUCACGAUGGUGGCUUCAACAUCGUCCACAUCAAGGACGCCAUUGACAACAGCUUCGCUACCCGUGAGAGCAACGUUUUCGUCAUUGGCCAGGAGAAGCCCUGGGUCUCCCUGCCCAAGGGCAAGGGUGUCAAGCUCACCAUCGCUGAGGAGCGUGACCGUCGCAGGGCCAGCGCCGGCGCCCACUAA